CCCUUGUAAUCCGGUGUACGGUUCAUCAGCUUAACACCCCCCAGCAUCAUAUGACCAGCUCGCUCCUGUUACAUAACCUGAGCAGCCAGUGCGACACAGCUGCCAGCAGAUGGCAGCAUCCGCCACACACCAGCCCGACAUGGAGGGAUGGAUAUAUAUAUUUUGCACUGAGGAGGAGGAGGUGAAGCAGAAAAAUCCCCGGAUCGGACCGUAAACAAGAAGCAUGAGAGAGAGAGAGAGAGCAGACGGACAGAUGACAGACUGAAGCUUCAUGACGCGGAGGAGGACAAACACCAUCACACGACAUCAUCCAGCGCUUCCCGAGGACGAGGACAAACAGGCUGCAGUGAUUCUUUAGAGGACAGCGGACGUUUGUCAGGAUCUUAGAACAUCCUCCUCCACAGCCGGGCCUUCACAGACUAUGUUGGAGACACUUCAGAUCUCCUUUUUUUUCUUGACCACCCAGGAGAGGCCAUGGCGGAUUAAAUCACAUGCUCCGUCAAGAGUGAUCACAAACCAAACCUGCAGAGACCUCCAGCGCUCAGGACGCCCUUGAAUCCUUUCUGGGAGCCCAGAAAGUAGUUUGCUUAUCUCAGUCGAAGGAAGCGCUCUGAUAAAACAGAAACAAUUCAUGUGUUUUCAGUGAGGGUCUGACAAAAACAACGGGAGCUCCAGCCACGGCCCAUUGGAGGGUCUCAGACAAACUUUUGGGGAAGGAGGCGACCGCUGCGGUGGCCGAGGUGAUGGGUAACAAGAACGCCGUCCCGCUGAAAGGUCCCGACGCUGAGACGACACAUGAGCAGGAUGGCGUGUGCAUCGACAGUGUGACAGGAAGUGUCUCUGGAGAUGGACUGCCGGGCCCGAGCCCAGAGCUGCUGGCCUCCCUGCAGUCGCUCAGAGAGAACAGCGACUACACACUGCUGCCACACUCGCUGCACCAGAUCGCAGAGGCCUACUCGCUCAAAGAGGACUACCAGUGGGCCAUCCAGUUCCUACAGCUGGAGAAGCUCUACCACGAACGGCUGCUGUCCAACCUCGCCGCCCUACAGGACAACUGGGAGAGCCAGUGGAGAGAGAGGAAGAACGCCGGGAGCAGUGUGCCUGCUGAGACGGACGGCGUCAGUCAGAAACACAUCGAGAUCCUGAGCCAGAUCUGCAGCACGCACCUCAGACCGACUGUCGGCGUCGAACAGAGCACGCCGAACGCAACGCUGACAAACAUCCGGAGCAAGAGCGAGACGCUGCAGUCCUGUCGUGAUGAAGCUGACAAGCCUGAUGCAGCGCACCAGGGCGACGAACAGGAGCCUCCUGUACUACGGACAAGACAUCAGGAGAGGGGUGAGGAGGACGAGGAGGGAGGUGAGGAACAGACGUAUGAGGAAGGACAGGAGGUAGAAGAGGAGGAGGAGGAGGAGCCGUGUGAGGAGACGCCCGAGGAGGAGGAGGUGAAGGUGGAGUGGCCGACAGGAGUCCCCCAGGCUUCAGACAAGGACCUGGCCAAGCUGUCCAACACAGAGGGGAGUUCCUCCCCAGACGGUCUGGUCUCCAUCCUGAAGAGGAGGAGAGCGUCGCUGGACGGUUUGCCUCCUCCGAGCAACGACGUGACCAAACAGAACUCCAAACGCAAAGUUCGCUUCAGCGAGCCGGAGGACGGCAUCGAGCAAGACGAGGUGGGUGGAGACUCCUGCCUGAUCCUGCUCCUGCUGUGUGUGGUUACCGUGGUGAUCAGCAUCGGUGGGACCGCCUUGUACUGCACCCUGGUGGACACUUACUCCAACAUUUGCACCGACUUCACUCACAACGUCGACUUCUACGUCACAAACGUACGGAGGUUCUUGGAAGGGCUGGGACGCUGGCUGCCCCUCCGGACUUAGUCUGAGUCGUCUGGCGCUCCAGACGUCGGCGCUGUAACGGACCGUGUUCUGUAAAACAGCGAGUAGUUCCUGAGCAGAACGAGUCAACGUGACUGGUGCACCGAGUCAUUCGGAUCACUGCCAAUCCAAGAUUUAUAUAAAAGUAAAAGGUGCUGGCAGCACAACAAACAGUCAGAGCUGUCAGCGUGCAUGUUGUGGGAUCAGACCUCUCUUUGUGUGGACGUUUCAUCUCAAGUUGAAGCUCACAGACAGCAGACCAAUAUGAAUAACUUAACAGAAGACGUGUUUCAUGUGUUUCUCUCAUGUUUGUAGCAGUCGUAGCCGCCUAUACAUUCCUCCUGUGUGACCUUUUUCUUUAGAGAGAAGCUGUCGAUAGUCGUUGAGAUUGUACGUAUGUGUGUGUUUUUGAUCAUCAGUGGGCAAAAUGAUUUAUUCUGUUCCCCCUUUUAAAUGAAUUUGAACAUAAUCUUCUUUUCCUGUUGACCUCUCUGUACACCUACUGUAUAUAAGAUAAGAACAAACAAAGAUUUAUAUUAUUUUGAAGAACCCUGACUGUGUAUACAUGAGCCUGAUGUUUUACCUCGGUUACUUUUAACAUUCCUCUCACCAUCUUAAUAUGAAGAAGCAUUGAACUGUGUGUGAUACCAGUAAAUGUAUGAUUAAAAACAAAGCACAACACCAUGAAACAGUCUGCAUGAAUGAUGCAGGACGAGCCGACCAGCUGGUAACACAGUACCUGUCAGCGUGGUCAUCACGGUCAUCAGUAUGUGAUACAGCACUUUAACAGCCGCGCCACAAACUCAGGCACUUCCUCUGUAUUUAUACUGCCGGUGCUCCAUGUGUUCACGUUCACCCUGAGGUGUGCGACCCUAAAAGUCCCGUUCUACAUGUGGAUUAACGAUCGUGUCCGGUCUCCUCCUGCAGCGGAGGACACGGCGACAUCAUGACAGCAUGAACCUGUUACAGAGAGAAGACUCGUCUGGAUGGUUUAUAUCUCUGGUGAAUGUUCACAUGUUGAUUCACACCAGCUCUCACUGACCCAGUGGGUUAAAUGCACAAUCCAGACAUUUCUUUUUAUAAGCAUCAGCAGUCUGAUACCCAGCGUACAUGCUGUCUGUCUCUGUAUCGUGUUGUCCAAAAGCAGAAGAGCCUUCUGGUCCUAACAGUUGUGUUUACUGUCUGGAACAAGUGACACUACAUGAAAUAAAUAAAUGCCUGUUAACAAUCCAUUUUACUGAAACAGAGAAA